AUGGUUGUUACCUGGGAUGGACCAGACGACCCACAAGAUCCAUUUAAUUGGUCUGUACAGAAGAAAUGGUGGACAGUUGGACUUGGUCUUCUCGCGAGCUUCAUCUGUUCUGUGAACGGCACUAUCCUCUCGGUUGCUCACAAGUCAAUUUCUGAGGAAUUCGGGGUUUCUGAUGAGCCGUUCCCUAAUUCCUAUUGGGUCACCACGUCCUGGGGAGUAGGAGCCGCAAUUUUCCCUCUUAUCCUGUUUCCUCUUAUAGAGGACUGGGGAGUUCGACCCGUGGUUCUCAGUACCUAUUUCUGCUUCAUGUGCCUUCUCAUUCCAAUUGGUCUGGCCCAAAACUUCGCAACACUCGUCGCGGUUCGGUUCUUUUCCGGCGGUUGCGUUCCACUCAUGAGCGAUGCCGUCGCCAGCAUCACAUCGAAUGUGUUCCACGGAGAUCGAGCCAGGAGUGUACCAGUAUGUCUUUACGUUGUGGUAUAUCUUGGCGCAACAAGUUUAGGUCCAGUGAUCGGUGCCUCAAUACUUCAGUUUCUGGAUUGGCGUUGGAUUGGAUAUAUCGAAUUGAUUUUCACUGCCGCCAUUUCCCCCAUACUUUUCCUCGGUCUCCACGAAACUCGCGGUUUGGCUAUCCUGCGAGCAAAUGCCAAACGAAUGCGCAAAGAGGGAAAGAAGGCAUACACUGCGGAAGAGUCUCAUGGUAAAACUUUGCACCAGGUCUUUGUUAAGAGCGUGCAACGACCAAUCUGUAUGUUCUUCACGGAGUCGGUGGUCUUUGUCGCUACCAUUUGGGCUGCCUUCAGCCUUGGAACCGUUUACCUAUUCACUCAGUCUGUCGAAGAGGUAUAUGGACAACUUUACGGUUGGAAUGCUGUUCAAGCGGGAUACAUCCAAAGUGCUAUUGUCAUCGGCGAGAUCCUCGGAGCCGGCCUUUCCCUCUCCACCAACCACUGGUAUCACGCUUCUGCUGCUCGAAAUACCGAAGUUCCAGGUACCCCUAUCCCUGAGGCUCGGCUCUACCCAGCCAUUGUUGGAGGAUUUUUCGGCGUUACGGGCGGAAUGUUCGUGUAUGGUUGGGCCGCAUACCCUGACAUAAACUGGAUGGUAGUCACCGUCGGCUUGACUAUGGUGGGGUUUGGAACUACCGCUGUCGUGAUUAGCAUUGCAAACUAUCUCAUCGAUGCAUACAGCAAGUACGCCGCGAGCGCUCUUGCGGCUGUUGGUUUGGUCGAGAACGCAUCCAUUGCUUUUCUUCCUCUUGCUGCAUCAGCCAUGUACACCAACCUCGGAUUUCACUGGGCUAGCACACUUCUCGGAUUCGUGUCUUUAAUGCUCGUUGCUACUCCCUUCUUAGUCAUCAAAUGGGGCAAAGAGAUCAGAGCUCACAGUCCAUUCAUGAAAGACGCCAUUAUAGUCCGGCAAAGAGAUUUGGGCGUUAUUGUCGGUGUGUGA